AAUUAAACAGUCUUCAUUUUGAACAAGAGACGGCAGCACGUUUCGGUUUCAGAUUAUAUUGUUUUCGUAAUUAUGAUGCAUUUUUAAAUACUUUAUAACAAAAAUGUCUAUUUUAUUGGAGCUAUGGGCGUUGCUAAAAUUGGUGGCGACUGUCUUUGUGUUACCAUUCUAUGGUCUAAUGGCUAUAGUGAUUCUCGCUUUUUCAUAUAAAGAUUAUGUAGAACAGUUCUUCUUCCUCGCAGUAUUCAUUAUUAUGGUGGCAGAUGUUAUUUUUGAUAUAUUAUUAAUGUUGGCGUCUUAUAAAAAAAGCUUAUGCAUGUUCAAAAUUUAUUACGUGUAUGGAAUUAUUUACGCAAUAUCUGUACCGACGGUUUUUAUAUCAUGGUUGUUAUACUCGAUACACGUUCAUGAUAUGGACUGGCGUAGACCUCAAGCAAAGAAGGAAAUUCUAGUAGCUUCAAUUAUAAUCGCCGGUGUCUUAACUGUACACGCAUGCGCUUUAUUUUUAAUUAAAAAAGAAAUUAAUAAGAUAAGAAUGGGAUGCCAAUGUAAAUUUAUAAAGCAAACUUCGGCCUCCCGGAACUCUCUGUUACCUUCGAAGAAAGAACAAGAAAUUUAAGGAAGAAUGAAUGGAGGAAAUGUUAGUGGAAUCACAAUCUCAUGUCUAGACAAUUUCACAUGCUAAUAAUGACUAUUACUAGUAUAGGAUAUUAUUAGCAUGUGAUUAUUAGUUAUUUGUGUUAUUAUUACCUUAAUAGAUAAUAAAGUUACACGCAAUAUUAGUACAGUUCGACUGUACAGUUAAAAAUGAAGGUGUAGGAAGCUUGUGUGUACUUUGGACAAAGAUAUUUAAGAAAUACGUAGACUAGACAAAGUGAACAUUUGUUUUACUAUAAUUUCUUUGAAAGGUACUAUGAAUGAAUGAAUGAAUGAAUGAUUGAACGAAUGAAUGAU